GGAGUUUCAAACGAAAGAAUUAGGGGGACGUUUUUCAAACGAACCCGCCCACAAAAUGGCUCUUGAACACAUUUUUGAAAUCAAAAUGAAGUCGAAGCUUGCGUCGAUGAAGUGGAUGAUCAACUACAUGUAACUUGCCUUUGCCUAGAGGAAAGUUCAUUUGACUACUCGUAAUGCAAACAUGAGUGUCAAGUCGUCUUUCACGCUGCGUCCUCAGGCAAGCAGUGCCUUUUCCCAGUUUCCAAGCAGUCCAAGCAGCAGUGACAGGAGCACCAGAAACCGGUCGUCCCUUUUGGUGCAGUCAGUGCAACGAUCCGACAACCAGGCACCGCCAACAAUGGAUAAUAGCGAAAAUCACAACAGUUCAGAAGGAGAUAAUGAUAGAUUGGGGUUCUUGUGGAAAACGAGACGAGUAGGUGGACUGGCUAACACUGAUGCGGCUGUAGGCGGGGUAGCUCUGAGAUCCUACUCACCUUUCGAGCCACUCAUUCUAGAUCGAGGAAUGAAAGAUGGGGUCAUAUCCCCACUUCCAGAGGAAGAAUAUCAAGUCUGGAAGGAACGGGAAUGUCAAUCGGUUCCCUCAAAGGUUGUGGCCACGCGUGGGGAAGACCCAUCUUUGCACUCAGAUUUGAAAGUACCCAAAGGCAGUCAACAGGUACAGAUGGAUACAACUUCCUUCAGUGCUCCUCGUGCCAUUCGAGCCACACCAUUUGAACCCAUGAUAGACCAACGCAACAUGAAGGACGGUGUUGUGUCACCCCUGUUACUCGAAGAAUACAGCGCAUGGAAUGGUGGUCGAUCCAUUGUCACAUUUCGAUCAUCCGACAACGAGGAACACUCUUGGCGAAGACGCUGCAUGCUAUCAGAGCUUGCAAGACUGGAUGCUCGCAAGCGAACGCUCCAUGUUAUGGAAGAAAACAGACAACUAAGAAUUCAAAUGAUCAAUCAACAAGCAGAACACCUUUCUCUGAAGACAGCAGCGAGAAAGCGACGUCGUAUAGAAGAAACUCCUACAGCAUUGCAGGGCGGUGCUUGUGUGGAUGUGGAUGGAUCAGGGAAGGAAGAAGUAGUACCGGCUGACAGCGAGCUUGAAAUCACGGCCAAAUCUCCUGACGAAGAAAGGCUGGGUCCAGCAAGUUCCGAUUCAAAGGAUAGUAGUGAGGCUCAGCUUCAACAACAGCCAGCACCAACAGAGCCCAGUGAUAUGCCCUCCACUGCGCAUUCCUUGGCAACCAGUCGUAUCCCCAAAGAGAACGCUAUCGAACUUGAUCCGUCUUCAAGUGGAAACGAAAAGCAAGGCACCAGCAGUAACACAUGUCAACAGUCUGACAACAGUAGUGUCAAGAGCCAUGCUGGGAGUCUCAAAAUAUCGGUCAACUCCAGCUUGAGCCAAGAUGAUAACAGAAACAGCAACGACGCUGAGGUCUGUGUUCCUUCUGGCGAGAGUAUUCCGAGCAACGAGAAUGAAUCUCCUUCUCAACCAUUCGACAAGAGCAUCAGCGAGAGCACCGAAAUCACGAACUCUUCGAAGGGCAGAAGUCCGACUGCUGCAAGUGAAAAGGAUGGCGAGGAUGCUGCCAGGACCGGCAGAAACGACACGGACGUUUCAGCCCAGGACAGCAGCGCCAAAGGAAAACGUCCUAGUGUCACUGUUAACGGGGAGGAGGAUCUUAUUAGUCGGAAUGCUUCGAACCCUUGCAGCGGGCAAGUAGACGUGGUCGAGGAAACCGCAGAUGGCAACGUGAAAGAAACGACAAGUCUCAUGGCUGAACUGGAGAAGGUAAACGACGAUGCAAAUCAACAACAAAUGGCAACUGAGGAGACCAUUGGUGGAGAUGAUAUGGAUGAAGUGGAAGAGGCAAACGACGAUGCAAACCAACAACAAAAGGCAACCGAGGAAAGCACUAGUGGAGAGGAUAUGGAUGAAGUCCAAGGCAAGGCCUCUCCUAUGGGCAGCGGCGGAAACUCCCUCAACAAAGCAGCUGACUGCAGCCAAGAUAUUCCAUCCAUGAACGAAAGCAUCAGCGAAUGCACUAAAACUGACGACAAAGCAUCGUUUAUCAAUCUUCAAAGAGGCAGCAGAGGACGCAAACGCACGGCAAGUCCAUCGUAUGACACAAGCAACGACAGCGCCCUUCCGAUUCUCGCUCGACUCGGAGUACCAGAGAACGAGAGCAAUCACAUGGGGGAUGACAGCGUGCUGGUGCCAUUUUUGGGUACUUUGGCCCAAGCAGAUUGCUCAGAGAUGUCAGAGCAAUCCUCUCCAAAACGACGAAGACUCUCGUUUGAACACGUCGCAACUCAGCAGGAUCAUGCACUUAAUGACGAAGGUGUGGCGAACACAGAUGGACGGCGUUCAUCGAUCUUGACCUCUGUACACGACACAACCAUCACGGAAACAUUAGAUAUCCAAUUUACACCCCCUUCGAGUGAACCCGUUGCGCGUGUUGUUCAUGGAGAACAAUCCGACAGCAGUGACGUUCUGCAAAAUGAAACAAUUGAGGUGAUGGUUGAUGAAGAAUUCGAGAACUCCUUGACAGCGUUGGAUGUAUCAGCAAUCACAACUACCUCUCCGAGUCCCUUCAUCGGGUCGAAGAAGGAGCAUGCACGUCGUGAAGUUUUAAUUAACAACGAAGAUUUGUUUGCCAACGACGAGGACUUCGCAAAGGCUAUUGCCGUCCAAGAACAAACCUCUGAAGAUGUCGUCAAUAGCAAACCCUCUCCAGCUACGAAAGGCGACGGGGAGACAUCCACGAAACGAACCAAACUAGACGACGAUCAUGUCUUUUCCGCAAAGAAGAGAGAGUCCGUGGGCACAACAUCAGGCGACUCAACCGAUACUGAAAUGUCGCCUGCCAAGGCCGCCCAGGUUGAUGCUAAAGAAAAGCCAAACACCUCAGCAACGAAAACAACUACGGCCCAUGCAGAGCCGGCAAAGGUCGAAACGCAACCCUCUCCAGAAGUUGUUGAAGACAAAAAGCGGUCAUUAGCUGACCAAAGCGACAGAAUCGACAACUCCGCAGUCUCGAGCAAGACCUCGACAAAUCAUUCUGCUGUUGCCGUACCGGAGAACGCCCCAGUUGCCGCGAACAAGAAAACAAAGUCGAGGAAGACUGCCAAAGGAGCGUCAGCGGCACCAGCUCGUGUCACCCGGAGUCGCGCAAGAAAGAUAAAAGAAUCCGAGGAGCCUGUUUCCAGUGUCAUUGGCGAGACUACUAGCUCCCCAAAGUUAGGAUUCAGUCAUCAAAAGGAGGACGCUCGAGGGACCCUUCCAAUUGACAAGACUGUUGUGCUGGAUUCGGCAGAUGAUGUUGACCCCAAAGCAGAACUAGAGCCUGUUGCCGAGGUCGACUCCACUGAGAAAGUGACAAAAACGAUCGACAACAACUCUGGCGCCGCGGAGAAUGCCAAGGCAUUGCCCCUUGCAGUUCCAAAGUCAAACGCUCAAAAGGAAGCAGCAAAGCCAAUCAACACGAAUGACACCAAAGCUGAGGGUGAAGAUCCAUUGGCAUCUUCCUUGACAUCAACCGAAUCCGAUCAGCCAGGCAAGAAACCUGGCCGCCGUCGCCGAGGAACUUUCAUUGCGACUUUGAAGGCUCCUGUGCCAAAGCGAAAGAGAAGAAACACCACACGACGCUGAAGGAUUGUAAGGACCAUCAUUGCCCUAACUAUUCUGUUUUCCUCAAACACGUCAACAACCUUUGAAGAUAUAUACUAGUAUUACUAUAGAAACGCUGCAUAUUAUGAUAU